GUCGAACAGUGUUACCCUCUCACAGUCGAACAGCUGUUCUUCCACUUGCAUAAUUGUCGUUUACAAAAUAUGCUGCAGGUGCUGAAAACUUUACGAUGGGCGCAGCCCGUGCGUGCACUAUCAUCUGUGACCACCAGCAGCGCAGCAACAAAUGUUACAACCCCAGCAGCCGUUCCGGCUCCUGAGCCGGAUAAACUUUUCAGCAAAUUGGAAAUUGAGCUGCGAGGCAUCGAUCCGGCCGUGCUGAAGAGUUAUACCUGGUUCGCAAACACCGCCGCAGACCAUUUGGGCAUUGAGAAGGGCAAGUGUUGGUCCCCUCGCAAGGCACACCAUGAGCGGAUGACACUACUGAAGUCGGUGCACAUCUACAAGAAGCAUCGUGUGCAGUAUGAGGUGCGUACGCACUUUCGGUACAUGAAUUUCCACAAGCUGACGGGCUCCACUUUGGACACAUUUCUGGAGUACAUUGAGCGAAACCUGCCCGAAGGUGUGGCGCUGCAGGUGUCCAAGACAGAGCUCCAGCAGGUGCCCGAGCACUUGCGCCAGCCCCCCGAGCAAGUGUAGCCGCAGCCCGAAAGAACUCUUAGCCAGUAGGACGAAAAUGUUAUUAAUAGUUUAUACUUGGAGCCCCGUUUCGGGCGCAUUUAUGCGGCCAUUCAGCACGUAUUUCAACAGCGGCAUCCGCGCUCAGAUUAGGCUGAUAAACAACAAAAAUAAAUUGAAAAUAUAAGCACAA